AUGUCUUCAAAGAAUUUUUUCAAAGCAAGGACUAUACUAGCUCCCACGCUGGACAUCAUUGAAGAGGUCAACAAUCAUCUGAUGGCUAUCAUUCCUGUUGGGAAAUUACUGGAUAGUAUAAAUUGCUCUAAUUUGCCUCCACAUAAAUUAAUACUCAAGGUUGGUGUUCUGGUAAUGUUACUGAGGAAUAUUGACCAUUCUAGUGGUCUUUGUAAUGGUACAAAGCUACAAGUUAGGAAGCUUGAAAAUCAUGUCAUAGAAUGUGAAGUUUUAACGGGUAACAACGUUGGUCAUAUUGCUUUGAUUCUAAGAAUGAAUAUGGUACCAACAAAUGAAACUGUCCUAGUUAGAUUUCAACGAAGACAGUUUUCCAUAAUAAUAUCGUUUGCCAUAACAAUUAAUAAGUCUCAGGGACAAAUUUUAUCUCAUGUUGGAUUGUAG